CGCAGUCUCGUUAACGCUGGUUCGCAUUACUUGGAAGAAGAAGACUGAAAGAAAGGAGGCAGCUGGGAAAAGCUGGGGAUCCUGAGAAAGCUGUGGAAUAGAGGGGAAUAUACCGGGAAUAUUCGGAAUAUAUUAAGGAUUUCACACACAUCCAGCUCCGACGCCCACAGCCGAGAGAGAGGGGGCGGAAAGGGCAGCGACCCGCCCGGCUUUAGCGGCUCUCUGUGACCCGCAGCACCGUGGAAUGUGGAUGUCUAAAGCAGGCCUAUCUUCUGACUGGCAGCAGUGACGGCACAGCGGCAGUGGUGCCAACACAAAGUCGUCCCAUGAGCUUUCUGUCAGUCUGAGCGUUCUGCUGUGGGCCUGGGCCUGGUUUCUCUGGAUCUCUGCAUCCCCAGCACUGCAGCUAUGGAUCACCCAAGGGAGAAAGAGGGCGAGAGGCCGGCGAGAAGCAGUAAAGUGGCCCAGGGACGGAGCGGACACUCGCGGCCCUCCAGUUCCUCCACAUCGUCCGGGGUGCUUAUGGUGGGACCAAACUUUCGUGUGGGGAAGAAGAUUGGCUGUGGAAAUUUUGGAGAACUAAAACUGGGAAAGAAUCUCUACACCAACGAGUAUGUUGCUAUCAAAUUGGAACCAGUGAAGUCCAGGGCUCCACAGCUACAUUUGGAGUACCGGUUCUACAAAACAUUAGGGAGCACAGCUGAAGGCCUGCCCCAGGUGUACUAUUUUGGACCAUGUGGGAAAUACAACGCCAUGGUCCUGGAGCUGCUGGGCCCCAGUCUGGAGGACCUCUUUGACCUGUGUGACCGCACCUUCUCCCUCAAGACGGUUUUAAUGAUUGCCAUUCAGCUGAUCUCUCGAAUGGAGUAUGUUCACUCCAAGAACCUCAUCUACAGGGAUGUGAAGCCAGAGAACUUUCUCAUCGGACGGCAAGGGAACAAAAAGGAACACAUCAUUCACAUCAUCGACUUUGGCUUAGCCAAAGAAUACAUCGACCCUGAAACCAAAAAACACAUUCCGUACCGGGAGCACAAGAGCCUCACUGGCACAGCCCGAUACAUGUCCAUAAAUACACAUUUGGGGAAGGAGCAAAGUCGGCGAGAUGACCUUGAAGCCUUAGGUCACAUGUUCAUGUACUUUCUCCGAGGCAGUCUCCCUUGGCAGGGACUAAAGGCUGACACGUUAAAAGAGCGGUAUCAAAAAAUCGGUGACACAAAAAGGAACACUCCUAUUGAAGUUCUCUGUGAGAACUUUCCAGAGGAGAUGGCUACGUACCUACGCUACGUUCGGCGGUUGGAUUUCUUUGAAAAGCCAGACUACGAGUAUUUGAGGACUUUGUUCACGGAGCUGUUUGAACGAAAAGGAUACACGUUUGAUUACACUUAUGACUGGGUUGGACGGCAAAUUCCCACGCCUGUUGGGUCUGUACACGUGGACUCGGGAGCGUCAGCGGUCACACGCGAGAGCCACGCGCACAGAGACAGGCCGUCCCAACAUCAACCUCUGAGGAAUCAGACGGCGGCAUCCGACCGCAGGGGAGCAUGGGAGGUGCAGCCCAACCGCCAGGCAAACUCUUACCUGACCUCCCACCUGGCGUCGGACAGGCACGGGGGCUCAGUGCAGGUGGUAAGCUCGACUAAUGGGGAACUGAACGCAGACGACCCUUUGGCAGCCCAUUCCAACGCUCCAAUCACAGUGCAAGCAGAAAUGGAAGUGGUGGACGAGGCUAACUGCGUGAAAAUGCUCAACCUGUGGUGCUGCUGCUUCUUCAAGAGGAAGAGGAAGAAGAACACCCCGCGGCACAAAUGAUCCGGCAGCCCCUGCACCCUGCCCACUUUCGGUUGUUUUAAGAGCGUCAAAUAAAGAAAUUUAUUCAAAAGAAGACAACAGAAUGCCCUCAAAAUGAAUAGCCUCAAGGGGACUUACCUGUGAGAGAGAUAGUGAGACAUGCACAUAAAACGUCCCUUGAGGAAAACGGAAGAAUGUGGAUGCCGGGCGCCUCAUGGACGGGUUCCUUGCGUUGGGAUAUAUACGCACCCAUUUGGAUCUCAAAGCACUGGAACAGCGUUGCACUCCUUUGAUUGCUCCUUUUGGUCAUGCUUCUUGUUUCUCUGUUCUUUAUUUUCUUUUUUGUUUUGUUUAGUUGUGUUUUUUGCUGUCAGUUCUUUCCCUCAGUCCAUCGUUGGUGGAGGUGGCAUUAUUAUGGAGCUGACCUCUGUGAUGAACCACCCACUUUUGGAGGUGUUUGGAGGGAGCGUCUUUCCAUCAGUCAGAGGAGGAGGAGCUUCUUUUACGCUGGAGUUCACAAGUUCACACACAUUGAAUCUUCACUGAACCAGUGCACGUCUCCCUGUCAGCCAGUCUGUCCCUUUUUGGACCCUAUGCUUAUUAUUAUUAUUAUUUUAUUUUUUAUUGUUUGUUUCUUUCCCCCUGCCAACUGCGUUACAUCAUGUCCCAUUGCUGCUGCUGCUUCUUAUUCAAAUCUUCGGCUUGGUCUACUUGCUCCUCCUGACUGAAGUCAUCAAAAAGCCUUAGAACAUUGAUAGCGGCGCUCCUUCGCUUCGUGUACCUGUUGAAUGGACUACUACUAAAAACGUAAACAUCUUAAGUGAAAAAGCUAACUGUCUUAACGAUGCUAACAGGCCUUUCUGUGUGGACUCUAUAUUAAUGUAAAUGUGUGAAAUAGGCAGCCAUGUGUAAAGUGAUGACGAGGCCCAUUUUGGUAACAUUGUCUUCAUGGCCUUCCUUCGACCCUUGUGGCAAUGUGCUGCCUUGCUCUGUUCUGUGGUGUAGAGAGGUAGAGAAAGAAAGAUUGAGAGAAAGAGAGAGAGAGAGAGAGGGGGAAUGGGGAGAUGGAAUAAAGCAUCGAAGGCCCGGUUCGGCUCCAAUCCGACACAACCCGGCCUGGCCUGACCCGGUCUGACCCGACCCGGCACGAAUGUGAGCCUCAGCACAUUCCUCAGUUCUAGUGAAUGGUAUUUAAGCUGCUUGUUAUAAAGCACUCCACCCACUACGACCUACCAGCCAAUCAUGCUGCUUCUCCUCUUGUGAUAUCGUAUCGCUUUAACGUGAAACUAGCUUUUUUCCGUCUUCUAUCAGCUGGAAUUUCUGAGCUGAACUCGCCAGUGAAACUUUCUGCGCUUGUUUUUUUUUUUUUUUUUUUGCUUUUUUUUUGUCAGCAUAACUCUGAACACAUUCUCACCUCUCCUUCUAUCUUUCUUUCUUCUUUUCUUUAUUUCUUUAUUUUGUUUGUUUGUUCUUUCUUUCUUUUCUCGUCUGCACCUAAUUUCCAGGCCCUGCCCCUGGGUUGCUUGAAUGUGUUUUUUUGUGCGUGUUUCUUUAUGAAAUUGAUGAUUAUUAUUUUUAUUACUUUAAUAUUAUUAUUGUUAUUAUUGGACCGCCAUAUGAAUGGAUUUUUUUCCUGUUUGUUCAUUAUGCCAGGGUGGCUACUUGACAUUCAGUCACAGUCUGUCUGUGGGUGACUAAACAUUUUUAAUGUCCCUGUAAUGUAUGAGUGUGUAUGAAUAUAUUAAGCGUGUGUGUGUGUGUAUGUUUGAGCAAGCGCUUGCUCCUUCAUAACCUGCUUUCAAGCAAGUGUCUGUAUGGAUGGAGAGUCUGGUAUGGUAGGGUGUAUAGGGAACUUUGCUCUGAAUAACAUUCGUAAACCUAUAGUAAGUAAUGGCUGUACAGGACGUGUGUGUGUGUUUCCUCGGCUCACAGCGCUGAGCUCCGACGCGCAGUAGUAGAAGUCUUGCAGGAGGAUCUACAGACUGAUGGUAGUACCCGGAGCACUGUCGUAAGAGACGCUCCAAAAGCUGCCUCUGCAAAACGUCACGGUUUAAUUAAUGCCUUAACUAACACUACACUACACAGCAGGGCCCUCGCCGCACUGGUGGCUCUGCAGAAAGACACUACGGAACUCCUCCCUUGCCUUUGUUUUUGUACUUGUGGUAGACUCUAGUGGUCCUGGUUCUCCAGCUCCACUGGCUCUUUGUACCGCAGCAUAUUGUGAAUUCUGAACAGGCAGACCCUUUCACUUCAGCGCUGAUGGAGUCAGCCAUGUCAUACCAAACGACAGAAAAUCCAGAUUGAGUCCAGAUUGAUGCUGCCUUUAAGUUCACCUCAGAAGCUUGUAUUUACAACUUUGCUGCUUCCAUAUUGUAAUUUUUGGUUAAAAACAUGAAGACCCUGAGGAAAUUGUGAAAAUUGGUGAGUAAGAUUUAACCCUUAAAAAUAGUCCAGAGUUUCUUAUAAAUUAACAUAUAAGCUUGACUUGCAACUUUAGAGCUCUAUGUUCAAGUGGUUGUUUGUUGGAAUAACCACGAACAGACUGGAGAAAAUUGUCAGUUGUCCCCACAAAAAUCUACUUUUUACAGUUUCCAACAAAGAUGAAAUAUAUUUACAUUUACUGCGAACAAAACAAGCUCAAAAAAGGGGAAAGUAUGUAUGUGAUAUUAUUCAGUAGAAGUAUAAGUAGCGUGUAUGUAUCUGAUUGUUUAAUCAGAGAAAAAAAAUAGAGUUUUUAUUGACACGCCCCCAAACUCAAAAGCUCAUAUUUAUGACCAUGGAACUAUAUGAUUUCUGUUUAAGUGGUUUUGGUCGGAAACAACAUGAACAACAUGGGGGGCCGGGGGAUAUAUAUUUUCUCCUGAGAUUGUAGUAAUGCUCAUAUUUUGCCCCUUUUUUUGUUUUGUUUUCAGGAAGUGAGUGAAUUUAACCCCAGUAAGAAUUAUAAAUAGCAUGUACUUUUCUGAUUUUUUAUCUUUCAAUAUAAAAUGGGCCAUUGAGUUUCCUCAUUGUGCUCAUUCAUGUGCACUCAUUUCAAAAAUACGAUAUUUCUGUCGUGACUUGAAGGCAGCAUGAGUCUAAUUACUGUAAAUCCGACUGCCCGUUUCGCAUCCAGUCCCUUUCACACGUGUGUGUUUGUAAAUGCUCUGGAGUCAUGUGCUGGUGUACUGGUCAUUACUAGAGGCUCAAGAGUAGGACAGCCCUUGAUCUCUUAGAUAUAGGAUGAGGCCGUCCGUGGAGCCCAUGAGACAAUUCCAUUCACAAUAGUAGGGAUCAGAUUUGGGCGGCCAGCUUCAGCUUCAGUCUUGGAGAGCUUCAGCACUGCACUGCUCACUCAGUGCCUCCUCCUCCUCCUCUCUACCGCCUCUCGCUUUAACACGACCCGCCUGAUUUAGCUCGUGUAGGGGCUGCGGAAGAGUGCGUGGAGCUCCAGAAGCUGAGUUGGACAAUCCUAGCUCAAUUUGUGAUCUGAUUCCUGAGGUUUUGUGCUAAGAGUACUGUAGUCUUUUUAUUUUUACAGAAAAAUAAACGGCUUAAUGGCUUUGAAGGAAUGAAAAAAUUAUUCUAAUUAUAAUCUCAGUGGUGAUAUUGCCUUUUCUUUUGGUUGUUGUUUUAUUUUACUUCGGUGAUCGCCUGUCCACAGCAUAAUUCCACGUUUGUGAUUCUUUUUAAUGUAUAGUAAGUAAAUGUGAAUUGAAAGUGUAUGGAAUUAUGUAACUUUAUUUUUGUUUAGUUUUUUUAUAUCAAUCGCCUGGCCAUACAAAUGUAUGUUUGGGAACAAAGAUAGAGGGGGGAAAAAUGAGAGUGAGAGACAGAGAGAGGAACCAUGGGCGAGUUGAACUUUGAACUGCACUACACAUUUGGUUAACCCAUUGUUUGUUUACCUAAACUGUCAAUUGCCUGUACUGUUCUGUACCCUCACUGUUGCGCUGCGGGGGCAACCCAAGGAUUUCCUUUAGAACCUUUUGAAAAACGGUGUGGAAAAGUCGUUUUAAAUAGAUCUCUGAGCGGCUGAUGAUUUAUCAUUAUGAUUAAAGAUGAUUAUGAUAACGAUAACCAGUGUGCCCACUGUACUGUGUUUGUACUUGUGGUCGAGUGUAGCCAUGAGGAGGAUGAAUUGCUGAGAGGGCUCGGAUUACAAGGGAAACUUGUGACUUGAUCGAUGUUUCAGAUGAUCCAAAUAGACACGCAUACAAGUCAUGGUCAUAUAAGUCGACACGUUGGACCAAAAUACCUGUAACUCGUACCUUGAGAGAGGGCACAUUUCCUUCUUUUAAUUAUUAUUAUUAUUAUUAUUUUUUUAACUAUAUAUGUUAAUUUUGCCACUAGAAGAACUAACUAGUGGUGGUGGUGAUGAUAUUGAACCGGACAGUCAAUCACCAGGUCCAUAAGUUCCAUCAGUGCUGUCUUGGUUGGAUUUGUUGAAUAGGCAUCAUGUAGUGAAUUUCUGUGUUGGGCGUCCCUCAAGGCUCACUUGUAGGCCCUGAAUAAUCAUCUUUUUUUUUUCCUUUUUUUUUUUUUUAAACCAUGCAUUUAUCUUCAAUUGUCUUUCUUUUAGAUUUCUGAGGUAAAUGCUUUGUGUGUGUGAGGUCCCCUCUCCCCCUCCCUCAGCCCUCUUACCAUGCUGGAUAUAAGUAGAAAGAUACUGAUUGGUGGCACAAGAUUCAGAUCUGAGGGUUGUAAAGAGGGAUUAGAGGGAGUACAGAGGGUGGCCGCCAUGCCAUGUAAUCAGUGUGUAUGCAACAUUACUGUGCAUUGUGAGCAAUAUUUCAGAGGCUUAGGUUAUAUAGAGUUUUAUCUUAUGCUCAUCCAGUGUGACAUGAGUCAUUUUGGUUCUAAAUUAUUUUGUGAAAAGUACUUGAAUACUACUUUUACGUUUCUCAGUUGAAACUCCAGUUGCCGAAAAAUCUCCUGUUCGUGUGUCGGGAAAGGCUUCUUUCAAUGGUUGUUUUUGUAUUUAUCUUUCUUUUUCUGUAUUGCUUAUUAUUAUGUGCCUCCACAAGAGUGUUUAGUGAGGAUUUAGUAUUGUUUCAUGAUUUUGUUUUUGGUUUCUUUAGUUUUCUUUUUUUUUUUUUUUUUUAGGACAUGUGAUGCUUGCUGCUGUGUCAGGUGUGUCUGUGUGCUCGCUUAAUGGAGAACGACUUGCUCUGUGUGGAGAAAGACGAUUUAUCCUGUCCCAUGAGCUUCCGUUACCUGUUGCCAGGAGAACGCAGUGUCCGAGAGAAUCAGUGUAGGAAAACGACUCGGUCUGCACUUUAUUAUUGCAGAUUAUCGCUGGUCUUGAGGACGUUCGGUAGAUUCCCUCUGCCCUGAUCCAAGAUCAGUAUUUCAGAGUUUGUUAGGGGUGCAGUGGUUCAGGUUUGGGGAAGGGACUUCAGACCUUGACCUCAAACUUUACCUUAGAUUUUUUUUAGAGGACCUGGCGAGAGGGAGCAGUUUGUACCCGGGACAAGAUUUGUUAGCGGAGGAAUUCCAGGGUUUGCGUAGAGAAUGUAAGCAUACACUCUUAAUGUGAUACAAAUAAAGGUGCUACAAGGGGGAGUCUUAAGCAAUGCCCAAUCUUAGGAUCGGUUUUAACUAUAAGAUUUUUUUGGAUUUUGGAAUUUUGGCAACAAAAGCCUCAGUCCUCAGGUUAGAGGAUUCUCAAAUCUGAUUUCAAUCCAUCUUUUGGGUCUCUCACAACAAUAAAGCAAACAAUGACCUCCUUAAUGAGUGAGUGAAGUGUAGGAGUCCAAUAUUAGGGAGGAGCACAUACUACGGUUUUAUGCAAGAUGUGCCGGUCGCUGACUGAUUUAGAGAUUUAGAGAUGGUUUGAAUCGGAUUUGUACAAACACCUCUCAGUCUGAAUGUUCUUGAUGCUUAAUUCAAAUUUAUACAGGUAUUUUUCAUCUCUUACAAUACAAGAAUGGAAAGACUGUGUAAUUUGCUACUGUGCAUCACUGACCAGUUCUGUGAUUUUCAAACCACAACCACAGAGAAAAUAAAAUCCUGAAUACCUGAAUAAGUGCGUAGUUUGUACAAUAAUUUGAUGACUUCUUUUGUGAGAGAUAUUAGAGUGAAAGACGUUUAUGUUGACUUCUUUAAGCUUUAAAAAUGUUUUUCACAGUAGAACUUAUGGAACUCUUUUUUUUGUCCAGACUGAAGGCAAAUCGGUUUUGGUAAGGUGACCGUCUGCACAGUAAUUUGCACGCCCUCUGAUUAGAUUUGCGCAUCAGUAAAAGAAGCAUUGGAUUCUGAUUUGAGCAGCCAGACAAUCCAGAGUGAGACAGAUUUGUACAAAUCCAGUUGUAAUCUCAUUUUAUUGAACCUGAUUUGCACGCAUCAGAUUUAACGUGUUCUUUUGUGGCAUCAUUUGAGGAAACCUUGGGUAGCACCUUUACUGUAUAUUUAAGAGUUUAAAGCGCCAUCUGUUGGCCAAACACUGAAAUUACAGGCCUAUAAAGUGCUGCUGAGCAUUGCAGAACUUGUUCCUUAUUACAUGGCUCUUGGUUGAGGCCUUCAUAAUGACUACUAGCUUGUGCUCUCAUCGAUGCAAUGUACACUUUAACACCAUCAGAACCUGCAUCCUAGUUUCUUCCACAUUAAAAAGCAGCAGAUUUAUUACUCCUCCUGACUAAUACAUAUAUAGGGUUGGGGGUGAAGUAUGCUUUACCAGAGUGUGGCUAAUAAUGAUUAUAAUGAUAAUGUUGAGCUUGUCCCUUAAAGCUAUAGAUUUUUUAUUUCCAGUCGAGAAACUUAACUAAUUAAACAUUCCAUUGCAUUGCAUAGCAUUACUUCAUGGGAAUUUAUCUUUUAAAGAAAAACACAGUAAACCGUACCGACGUUUAGGUGGAACGUCAGCCUUUCUGCAGGUUCUGCAGCUUAUUAACGUGUGCAUGGCUUAUGGAUAUGGAUAUAGAUGAGAAAGCAAUGGUUAAUUCUCAUAUGUGGGACUUUAUUUAAUAUAUUCUGGGCAUGAGAUUCUUACAUUUUUUUAAAACACAACAACAUAUAGCUUCUGUUUCGACAUCUUUCAAGAUCAGCUUUAGUCCUGCGAGUAAAAUUCCCAAAACAUUUUCUUCUGGUCUACUGUAUUCAGUCAUGCAACUGAGUCAUGCUGUUGUGCAGCAUAAGCCUUUUCCCCUCUAAAACUGAUUGAUUUUCAUUUUGUCUUCAAUAUAUUUUACUGUAAACUGUUGGAACAUGGAUAAUUUAAAGAGAUCGGAUUUGUAGGUCUGUAUAAACGGCACAUUCUUUAACGAACUUCAUACCGUCAGGAGUUCGGAUUGGACAGCGCUGCAAUAUUUCAGUUAACGUCAUCCUUUUCUCAUCACUUUCUAUCCUCUCGGCAUUUCUUCCACAAGAUUUCGUGAAACGUGAACAAACUUUCUGUCCUCAGAAAUAAGGAGGAUCGUAUACGGAGUUGUACAGUCCCAAAACCUCAACCCAUUUCUGCUUAUGGUUCCAAGUUUUCAACGCUUAAAGCAUUGAAUCUGAACUAUUGUAUCAUGACUUUGUGUUGAAAUAUGAAUGUUAAUGUAUUUGAAUGGUUUCACUUAGUCAAGGGCUUCAAUUGUGAGGGACCCGUCUCUGUUUCUCCAGUUUAACACUUUUUUUGUUCGGUUUUUGUUUUAUUUUUUAUUUUAAUUUGCAGAAAGGUAAAGUUCUUGAUCUUAAAUGCCUAUUUUCCUGAGCAGUCAUAUGAAGUACCACAUUUAACCUUUCAAAUUCAAUUUUUAUUCCCUCCACUCUUAAAGGGAAACUCAAGUUUGCACCCUUUUUUAUGUAAAAUAAAAGAAAUUGUCUCAAA